AUGAACAUAGGAACAGUUGCGCUGGAGGCGGCGCGAGCGGAGCUGGCCGCGCGGUUCCGUCUUGUGACAAUAACGAGUCUUCUCGUAUUGGCACUCCGAAGCAGCUGCCACUGCCCGCCUGCUGACGUGUACACCCAAUCUCUCUCGCUGCCACGUGGCACGAGCAUGGCUGCGUGGAGGCGACUUAACCCUCCCCCUCUCUUUCCACCUCCCUCUCCUUUUCUCCGCUCUCUCCUUUUCCACCCCUCUCUUUCCACCUCCCUCUCCUUUUCUCCGCUCUCUCCUUUUCCACCCCUCUCUAUCUCAACCUCCUCUCCUGUUCACUCCUCACUGCUCUUCACACACACCCCUCGUCCAUACCACCAUCAGGAUCACAUCAAUGCAACCCUAUCAGCCCAGGAUCACAUCAAUGCAACCCUAUCAGCCCAGGAUCACAUCAAUGCCACCCUAUCAGCCCAGGUACCUUCUUUUGAGUCUACUCCCUCUCCUUUUCGCUCCCCUCUCCCAUUCACCCCUCAUCCCCACCACCAUCAGGAUCACAUCAAUGCAACCCUAUCAGCCCAGGAUCACAUCAAUGCCACCCUAUCAGCCCAGGUACCUUCUUUUGAGUCUACUCCCUCUCCUUUUCGCUCCCCUCUCCCAUUCACCCCUCAUCCCCACCACCACCAGGAUCACAUCAAUGCAACCCUAUCAGCCCAGGAUCACAUCAAUGCAACCCUAUCAGCCCAGGUACCUUCUUUUGAGUCUACUCCCUCUCCUUUUCGCUCCCCUCUCCCAUUCACCCCUCAUCCCCACCACCAUCAGGAUCACAUCAAUGCCACCCUAUCAGCCCAGGACAACAUCAAUGCCACGCUAUCAGCCCAGCAAGAGCACAACGAGGAGGCGGCUGAAGCACUGGAGAAAGCCAUACGAGCCCUCAUGGUCGACAAGCCUCUGCCAUCCCUAGCAGACGCUGCUGUCCGUGCUGCCUUCGUGCAUCUGCUGCUCCCCGCUCCCUCCAACCUCUCCUCCUCGUCCCCCUCCUUCUUCUCCCUCUCCUCCUCCAAUGAUUCACCGCCUCCUGUUUCCAACUCUCAAGCACCCAGUGCUUCCGCCACUGCUAUCGAUCCCACUGACCCGACUGCUGCUAUUGGCCACACGGCUGCUUCGUCUAUUGCGAAUUUUGUCUCUGCUUCUGAGGAUAGAUUCUCCCCUGGGUUUUCUGUGGAUGAGCAUGCGGGGUGUGAGAGCUUCUGUGCGACCUGCAUUCGCCCACUCAACUGUUCCCUCGUGCCCUCCUUUCCCUGCUCCUGCUGCCGCCGGCCCGACACGCCUGCUAAUGUUGCUGCCUUGGAUGGAGAUUCGGAGGAUGGUGGUGAUGGUGGUGUUGGGGUGGGGAUAGUGCAGGGGGAGGGGGAGGAGUGGGGGAGGGGGGAGCGGGGGGGAGGGGGAGGAGGGGGAGAGGAGGGAGGAGAAAGGGAGGCGAGGAAACCGGCUUGUGUUGACGGCACGGCGGAGGGCCGAUGGGUAGUCGGCUCACUACUUGGGCGACCAGACCAGUCAACCCCUUAUUUUCUCUCCUCCCCUGUGCCUGUCUGCUCGCUUACCCUCCCUGCUCUCGCACUCCCCCCCUCUGUUCUCGCACUCCCCCCCUCUGCUCUCGCACUCCCCCCCUCUGCUCUCGCACUCCUCCCCUCUGCUCUCCCACUCCUCCCCUCUGCUCUCCCACUCCUCCCCUCUGCUCUCCCACUCCUCCCCUCUGCUCUCCCACUCCUCCCCUCUGCUCUCCCACUCCUCCCCUCUGCUCUCCCAUCCCCCCCCUCUCCCCCAUCAGUGACUUCUCUGGCCCUUGAGAUGUUUGAGUGUCUCAAGGGCCAGUGGAUUCACUUCUUUGGCAACCAGACCUCUCGAACGCUUUCCGCCUUUUUUGCCAAAAAGAUGUCACCCCUCUCCACCACUCUCCACCCCUCUCCCGCCCCUUGUGCCAAUCAUGACUUCUCUGGUCGGGACUUACACGAGUGCCUCAAGGGGCAGUGGAUUCACUUUUUCGGCGACCAGACCUCUCGAACCCUCUCCACCUUCUUUGCCAAGAAGAUGCGAAUCAAAAAGGUCGGCAUCAAACCUCCAGAGGAAUUAAAGCCCCCUUCCCCAUCUUCCUCCUCCUCUGCUUCACCCUCCUCCUCCUCUGCCUCCUCCUCCUCCUCCUCCUCCUCCUCCUCCUCCUCCUCCUCCUCCUCCUCCUCCUCCUCCUCCUCCUCCUCCUCCUCCUCCUCUUCCUCCUCCUCUCCCACUCCCACCGUGGAUGAAGGGGACCAACCAGAAGACGACGUUAACGACUUCUUUUUUGACGCGCUACAGGACCCUUUAGCGGAUCGGCCGGAUGUGCUUAUAAUGAGUAUGGGCGCGCACGAGGUGUUUGGGUGGUCCGGGCGGCCGCGCGUGAAGCUAAACCUGACUGUUUAUAAAGAGGAUACGGAGGAGCUGCUGGGGAAGGUGCUGGGAAGCUUCCCGGAACAGCGGGUGAUAUGGUGGAAGGCGCAUUAUAUCCAACAAGGCAAGAUCAAGGGAGAGCAAUUGGUCCCCUACAACGACACAGCAGUGCUAAGGGAGUGA